UAGACCAUAGUUCCUUCUCGAGAAUAUCUAAUCGGCAGCGAGACUUGGCCGACUGUGUAUAUUUUCAGACUUUCCCUGGGAAGUUGCGAACUUGUUACUAUUUCCUUGAAUCAACGCGUGCGCUUUUAUGUAAUGACGGUAACGCGUGAAAGGGUGGUCUUGUGUUACGAGUAGUAUGAUACUCAUUUCCGUGUUAUUAAUGCACCUUAUUCGCGUGUAGAAUAUUUAACUGCAAUAUCCGACUAAUUGAGGCCGACGCGUGUUCUUGGCGAAUGGCCAAGACGCUUUGAUCGCACUUCAGCUACGUGAACUGCAUACAUAGGUAGUACACGCCGUUUGCGAUAAAUCGAGCAGUGUCUUCCAUCAGUUACGAUAUCAAUCAAAUGAAUCAAAAUAUCUAUUUAUAAGUUAUCGCACGUAAGACAUGAUCGAGCGACAAUAGCUUAGGCAUAGAAAAAAAUACUUGAAUAAAUAAAAGAGUAUCGGGUGACGCGGAUGCUUUGAUAUAUUUUUUAAAAAUGAAUAUGACAGAUAUUGGUUAAUUAAAGUUUAACGUAGGUGCCUCUAUAAUUUUUGCCAAGGACGUUACGACUUCUCAUACGAGGCGACCAGAAACUGCGGAUAAAAAAUAGUUUAGGUUUUGAAAGACUCAUGGCCUCCAGACUGAUUAACUGGUCGAGCCACCUCGUAGAGGAAUGCAGCUGAGUUCAUACAGAUUCCACGUAAUCAUCUCGCUUCUGAUUACCGUGAUUCGCAUUGAAGCUGAAGUCAAACGGUCUAGGAACGUCACGGUGAAUUCAUCUGUCGCUAUGUGUUUGGAUCCAGCUAUCUCGUCCGGCUUGAAAAACGGAGACACUUUUGAAGAUGGCUAUCAGGACUCUUCUCUUUUGGUUGAUGAUUCGCAAACUCGUUUAGCGAGAACGAAGCGGCUACCCUCUUCCUCGUCUUCUUCAGGGAAACGCCAUGGUAGGACCAUCUUUGUGAAGGCGAUCGUCUCCAAUCCCAAGCUUUCCCCGACUCAGGUCUUGGCUCAUAAAUUAGCAAAGGACGCCCUGCAGUCGUCGAAGAUGCAGGACACGUUCAAGAGACUCACUGAUGUCAGGACAAAAGACGGUGGACGACAGCAGGUUUAUGUGUCUUCCACAGCGGAUAGUUACUCUUCGUCCCCGAAGACAUCUAAGGAAAUCUGUAAAUCGUGCAGCAGACCCAGGAAGAAAAAGCGUAAGAGGCACAAGGAUCAUCCUGCUAGAGAUAGAAUACAGCAUGCUCAUGUGAUAAAACGUAAACCCACAUCAAAGAAAGAAUUUUCUAAGCUACGUAGAGGACAUAUAAAUCUGGUAGAAGGUGCACGAAGAAAAUUGUCACUCUCUGAUCCUAAUGGAAUUAAUGGAAAUAAGGAGGAUAAUCUGUCAGAGGGAAAUUCGGAGAAAAAAGAAAUUAGACGAGCCAUUGAUCUAGCCAGUGAAGAUUAUAUGGAUUAUUCCGUCCAGGAGCUGCCAACUUUCAAUCCUCACUUGAUGAAAGUAGCAAGGCUAAAGUCUAAGAAGAAAGCCAAAAAGAAAGUCAGUCAUAUAUCGGAGAGAGAAAGUAUGAUUGCUAAACUGAUGAAAACCACGACGAGAGACCCCAGAAAAAAGAGUCCAGGCGACCAAGGCGUCGAAUAUUCAGAAUAUUAUAGCGAGGGUGAUAUUUUGAAUGACCCACCUGUGAAUAAAAUAGAAUCAAAAGAUGAUGAUACAUCCAAGAAUAGUAGAUCCCGCUUAACACGACAAGUCCUUAAUGGUAGUUCUAUUUAUAGUCAAGAAAGUCCUAGCAAUUCUUAUAUUCAUUAUCUUUACUCUAUUCCAAAAGAUCGUUACAAGAAUAUAAAGGAUAGAAGGUCUGAAGAUGGUGUUUAUAAGACAGUGAACAGCCUACAAAAUUACGUUCCUAUUUCUCAAAGCAACUCUCUGGGCCAAUCCAUUGAAAUUCAAAAUGAUAACGAUUUCAAUUAUGGACCGAAAUACGAAUCGCUAUUAGAAAAGAAUGGAAACCCUGUGUAUCCAUUUUCCAGUGGCUCUCAGGACACAAUGGCAGAUACGUCUGGCUUACAAAUUGAGCAGGAACCAUCCUUAGGCUACGGAAACGAUCAGCCACAGAUAAAUUUCAACAAUAACAAAAUGUUUGACACUGGUAAAACCUUUUCUGUUUCUAACAAGGAAUAUCAGUAUCCAGUCCCUAGUUUAUUGACGCAGGCACAAAGCCGGAAAUUUAAUUCAAAUCAGGAUCGAUAUGGUAAAGUGAAUCCAUUACAAUUAUCUGCUGAACAUGAAAGUUCUGAACGUUUUUCAUCUCGGGUAGGAAAUGAUUUAAAUUUUAUAUUGACAACCCAGCGAAGCCUGAAUAACAUACUGGACAAUAAUUUUCUAUCAAGUUCUACUCAAAAUAAUAAAAUGUUAUCUCCCUCGGCGUUCACGGAUAAUAUUCAACCUCUUAGUAAAUUAUUUGCAUCCUUGGGGGUCAAUGCUAGUUCCAGUUGGAAUCAUUCUCCUGGAAGUUCUUCUUCCUCUACUGUCCAAAGCAGCGAAGCUACUUCACAAACAAUUCCAUCAUUAUCUAAUCUCACUUCGACUAAUAGUCAUCAAGUAGAAAGUACAUCAACUUUAAUGAAUAUUACUGAAGUCGAUAAAUCUAGCUUUAAUAGCGGUUCGUACGAGUUAUUAGAGAAAAAUUCUAAAGAUAAUUGGACAGCUAAUCGAGACCUAAACAAUUUCGAUACAGUUGGACCAGAAACAAAUCUUCAAAUGGCGAAACCAUCGACUAAUGACAAAACAGAGGGACAAGAUCGACAAGAAAAUCCGAAAAAUAAUUGCACAACAACAACUGUGCCAGAAUUAAAUCCAAAAUUAAAGGGAGUCGGUGAGGCUUCAUCGGUUCCACCGGAACCUGAAGAAGUCAGGAGAAAAGAAAAAGGAAAACAAAAAGAGAUUAAAGUCAUGGAGCAUCAUUUACUGCCAAUGACUACUACUCCUGCUGGUGCAAUUGAUACUGCUGGAUCAACGAAUACAUCAAAUAUUACAGCAAUGGUUAAUGAGACAAAGGAAGUCGCCAGUCAAAUUUUGAAUAAAAUCAUUGACGAACUUGAGGAACUUAAGAUUGAUCGUUCUAAAACUGAACAGAAAGAAGGUUUACCCUGUAAACUCACAGGAUCUUGGGUAACUAUACAGGCUGGAGUACGUAUUGACAUGAGAGUUACCAAUCACACUAUAUCAGUAUCCCUGGGUAUAUUAACACCUCAACCAUCUUAUGAAGGUCUUUUAAACACAACCUGGAACGUAACCGGCCACGCACCUUUUAAACGCGGUGGCCCUUUUGUUCUUAUUGCAACUGACAAUCAUACAAAAACUCUAGCUGUUUUUAUAGGCGCUUGUCGAGUUUGCCAAGGUAUUGAUACCAUAGAAGGUAUGUGGACAGUCUCACGUGAGCCUAGAGAUUGUAGAGAUUUUCAAAUGGCGACAAGUAUUUUCCAUGAGAUAUUACGAAGAACUAGACUCUAUUCAGCCAUACGGGAGAAACAUCAGGAGAAAUGUACUACGCCAUUUACAAGAGAUAAUCAUACUGUGUCUAUCAAUGGGUAGAAGAAGAAUUUGUCUUUAAAA